AAAUACAGUGGAAAGUGCAAUUUCUGCGGACACACAGGCAAACCUUCCUUUUAGGAAAAAAACUACCAUAAUGCAUCUGCAUUGCUGUGAUAUGGCAAAAUUUGGAUUUUGCAUGUUGCUUUUGUUCGUGGUGAUAUUUAAGGUAUCUAGUGUCCCGGUGGUGACCAGUGAGAUACAAACCGAUCUUCCAAAAUCUCGUAUACUGCAUCGCAUUGCACGAAUGUCCCCUCUGUGGCGAAUAAUGGGAUUCAAACCAUACGGAGCUUAUUGUCAGGACAAUAUAGAGUGUUCCACAGGAUUCUGCAGGAAUGGUCAUUGCUGUUUCAAUGGCAAUGGGCCUGUAUAUUCUUAGUGAAACGAAGCCUGGCAUUAUGCACAGAAAAAAAAGUAUUUGAGCCAUUAUAUGAUAUUAGUAAUUUGUGUGUUAAUAUGUGCGUGCAUGCUUUAAGCACUUUAACUUUGAAACUGUGUGUAGGCCCAUACACAAUGUAUGGAAGAUGUUGUGGUGUCUGACUUGAAAAGGUACAUCUGUUACACUGGAUAUGUUUAUUUUCAACAUAUAAAAUAAGAUCAUCUGUGGUCGUGAACAAUAAGUGUUUUUUAAUCUGUCUAAACUGUCGAAAUGAUUAUUUAGUAUGAUGUCUCCUUAAAAAAGCAUUUCUUAUUUGUGUGUCACUCACAUAUCGUCGCUGUCCUUCUGAAACUUCGGAGUUCGAAAUUCACUGUUUUCUGGAAAGGGAUAAAACAGUGUGUUUUUUUAAUGAUUGAAUACUGUGUUGUCAAAGUCGACAAUCACUUUUAAAUACUUUUUACUGAUUAGAUAAUUGCAAAACCCAGUGACAAACUUAAAGGGUGACUAAUAAUAGUGAUUUUAAAGACAGAAAUCGCAAAAUAUGAUUCAAGGUUGCAGAAGGACACCAGCAAUAUGCUUUAAAUAAUAUAUUUGAUAUUUGAUAUAAAGUACUGUAUUUGUUAGGCUAUGAGGCUGUACAGAAGGCCUCAGAGAUGUCAUUAUUAAAUCUGCAUUGAGCCAGUUGUAAUCAUGCAGAGUUGCACACAGUGUGUUCUUCUCAGAAACUAAUGACAAAGGCCACUGGAGUCCCUUGGUAUCUAAAUGUUGAGAGGGGUUAUUUGCACAAGAAUGUACUGUAACAGAAUGAUCUCAUUGUACUGUCAAUGACCUCCACAUGUAGCCAGAUUACAUGGGUCCUGUGUGACAAAGGAGAGCAAAGUUUAAAUUUGUCAAAUAAAACACUAAAAAU